CAGGUCAGACAAUUUGAAACUUAGAGCCAAAAUGCUGGGUGGGAAGAGGCUGUAACAGCCGCGAGGGUUUUAAAAUCUGGCAGUGGGCAGGGUGUGUACAUAUGGAGAAUUGGAGUCUUGACUGACAAUUUGACCCUGGCUGGGGAUCACCAGACUGACCGUUGAUCCACGAUCAUCGUUGCCAUGAACGGCGUUUCCACCGGCUGAAAACGGUAAUCCGAUCCUCAUCCGUCGUUGUUAUCUUGUUGGUCUUGUCCAGUGCGGACCAGUGCAGGGAAAAACGAAGCAAAUUAGCAAACUCUCCGGUGCCUGGAAGUUCUGGCCGUCAAUAACCUGCAGUAUCCCGUGACGCCGUGUGACUUUCUCUCUGUGUCUCUUCCUGUUUUCCUUUUCGUUUUUUUUCUUUUUUUCCCCUUCCCCUGCUGGUCUGCCAUUCGCGCCCCUAUUCACACUUCUCCAUCAACGUCGCUCGUUUGGCUCCACCACCCAUUCAUGCACUGACUGUGAUUCACUCUCUCCACUGGGCCGCCACAGCUGCAUCUCAUCGUCUCUUUUCCUCUGUGUGUCUCUCCUUACGAUACGAGCCGGAUUCUCGUCCGCCCCUGGGAGAUGCAUCUGUCGCAUUCGACUGCUCAUUGAUGACGGUCCUGCUGCCUCUUCUUGAAUGCCUCCUUCGUCACCGACCAAGUUGGGUCAUCUUUCUCUGGCGACAUUCCUUGUUUUGGCCUCGAUCAUUCCAUCGUCAUUCUCGAUUUAAGCCUCCCCCACAUUCCAGGCCAUUGCUCCGGUCACCCCAAGCUGUGACAGUCAAAACAACCCACAUUCUGUCGACCCUUCUUUCGGCUUUCCUCCUGUCUCUCAUUGUAUCCUGCCUGUUGGAACUGGCUUCCUGACAGCUAUAGAUUCUAAAUUGCGUUGCAUUGUUCGUCUGAAACCAACAUAUGCCAGAAGCAUACCUGAAGUUGGCCGGACAGAGAUCGAGUGUGACACGUUCAUUAUUUGGAUCCGGAUCCCAUUGAUCGCCACUCCCAUUGGGAAGCCCAUCUUUCUCUCUUUCACACCCUCACUUCAAUCUCCCAAGUGUCUCCGUCAGACGUCAUGGAGCUGCUUCUUUCCAAGAAAACUUCGACUUUGAGGAAGCGGGCAUCCCUGUCAUUUUUAUUCCAUUCACAGAAACCCACUUUCGCGAUCCUGCAAGAAGGACCGCCUCGCUACUAUGACUUUGUUGAUACCCCCGUUCUCUUCCGUCCGUCUUCCGCAUUCAUUGAUCGUCAAAAGAUCUCUCGUGAGCUGGAGGCAGAUAUUCGAUCUGCCUGCUCAUUGCUUGUAUAUCGCGUUGAGCGAGGUGUGCCCUCGCGGGCCACCAAGCAAAUGAGUUCGCUCCCAGAGAAGAGCACAGUUACGUCGGCCGAUAAAUCGUUUGCGACCAAGCCGCAGAUUGAAUGCAAAUAUUCAGGCCCUAAUGUCGGCCCCGAGGCAGCGGCCUUGGCCGGGAUCCAUGAUUCAGGCGUCGGGUUGACACAGCAGCCCAGUCGACAGACGAUGCGGGUGCUGAAGUCCUCGCAAUCCGACAAACCAUCAGGCUUAGGGGCGGGAUUAAACCCACCUGCCGGCCAGGAACGAUGCACCACGUCGUGUUCCGCGCCUGCAGAUCCGGUAUCCUCGGAGAGAAGGAGCAGCCACCCGUCUGUCAGCAGUCCCAAGCAACCAGAGAUGCAAUCCAUGGCCGGGGUGGCGGCCAUCGGUCACCCCCAGGCACCACCAGACCAGGAUACGAGGAACUUUCUCGCCGACGACAGCAAAUCGCCCUCCCUCGACACUGUCGACAAUGGCGCCGAUGACGUCGAAGUGUUCCUCAACCCGGACGCGACGCUCAUGGCCACCGGCGUGGCCAGCUUUUCGUCCCCCGAGACCUUGCUGAAUCUCUCCUCGCCAGAUGCGCGGGCAUUAGACAACCAACCCAGCCGCUGGUCUCACUCCGCCGGCUCGUGCACCACGCAGGCAGAUCCAACGCAAAUGAUUGGACUCGGCACAACCGCCGUCCCAGACCCCGAACAGCAAGCCGGCAUCAUCAUCGACAGUAACGGAUACAUGCACGUGAUGAGUGCCGAGGAGGAAUCCCAGCGUAACAUGCACCUGCAGCAAGCGGUCAUGGCCAAGAUGCAGUCAGGCACAGGGCUCGACCAGACCCGAAGCACUGAGCCCGAGUCCGCAGCCAAACGACCCGACACGUCGACUCAACGGCCACAGUCUCGAUUGCAUUCCGCGUGGUCUGCCAAGACCAAGAGCACCAUAUCUAAAUGGCGAAGCCGAUUCGACGAGCCCCAGUUCGAGAAACCCGCUGGAACGGGCUUCUUCCAGAAGAUCGCGACUUUCUUUGGGAAGCGGCGCGCUCAAGCUGUUUAGUCUGCUUGUAUCAGCCGUACCUCUUGUUCCAUUCCCAUGACUUGUACACUUGAACCUUACCUACGACAUCUCAUUUCUGCAAUAACUACGGAUCAGUGGACCAGACGUGUCUGGCUCAUGUCACUUUGAACCUCACAGCAUCCACCAUCUAGACGCGGGACUCGUCUCUUACCAGCGAGUAAUAGGCUACCAGCCCACGGGUAUUAACCCACAUCGACGUGACCAGAUAUUCAUAUUGAUGACCUUUUGUGCUUAUUUCUUGAUAUUUAUACCUUACUUUCUCACACCCUUCUAUGAGUCCCAUGUUUCCUGUAUUAGACUUCGGUGUUAGGUAGCGUUAGCUGUGCUAAUAUGAUCUUUUCUUUUUAACACUUGUAUCUGCUUCUCCCAAACCCAUCGCAUCCCUAUCCGG